AUGGGCAAUAGUAAGAGUGGAGCCCUCUCCAAGGAGAUCCUUGAAGAUCUGAAGCUAAACACAAAAUACAGUGAGGAUGAGCUGUGCAAAUGGUAUGAGAGCUUCCAAAAGCAAUGCCCUGAUGGGCGCAUCAGUCGCUCUGAGUUUGAGAAGAUCUAUGCCAACUUCUUUCCCAACUCUGACCCCAAAGUCUACGCUCGGCAUGUUUUCCGAAGCUUUGACACAAAUGAUGAUGGGACCCUUGAUUUCCGGGAGUACAUCAUUGCACUCCAUCUCACCUCAACUGGCAAGACCAACCUCAAACUCGAGUGGGCUUUCUCACUCUUUGAUGUGGACCGCAAUGGAGAAAUCAGCAAAAAUGAGGUUCUUGAGAUCGUCACGGCAAUAUUUAAGAUGAUUCCCCCAGAAGAACAGAAGACCUUACCAGAUGAUGAAAACACCCCUCAGAAACGGGCUGACAAGCUGUGGGCAUAUUUCAAAAAAGGAGAGAAUGAUAAACUUGCUGAGAAGGAGUUUAUUGACGGAGUUAUGAAGAAUGAUGCAAUUAUGAGACUCAUCCAGUAUGAGCCCAAGAAAAAAUAGGGGAUUUGGUGUAAAUGGACAGGAGGUGAAAGCAGAGCUGUACAGUAAUAGUAUAGAAAUGAGAAUGCGUGUGUAUGAGUGUGUUUGUUGAAAAUGUAGGGGGAAAACCAAAACACCUUUGCUCUGUGUGUGUGCGUAUGUGCAUAUGCAUGCACAAACAUGCAACUCAUGAAAAGGGCGAAUAUUGUAACAUCCCUGCUUCUUGUGUGUAAGCAUGCAAAUGGGAAAAAAAAGAAUAAACCAAGUGUAUACCUUUUUCUCUACAAGACCCAUCACGUUCUGUUAGCCGUAGCUCCUUUUCUGUUCUUGUCCUUUGAUCAUCAGACAUAACACCUCAACCUGAGCUGGCAUAUUUGUGUUUUUGUUGUUGUUUUAGGGAAAAGCUGAGGAUGAGGAACAGAAAGAAACAAAGGGAGGAAAACUGGGACAAUGACUUCCCCAAAUAGUACAAGAGAGCAGAGAGUUGCUUUUACCUGGGAAAACUCAGGUUAACAAAGCUUUGCUGACCCAUGAAGCUCACUGGAUGAUGUUGAGCCGGAUCAGUACAUUGUUAAGAGGAUAGAAUGACAAAAGCCUAUAUAUAGGCUACUCUGUACUCUUUAAAUUAAGGGAUACAAUGAUACCAUCCUGAUUUACUCUUUUCUUUGUUAUUGCUUGGCUCAUUUUAUUAUUUGUUAACCACCCAGAACAAUGCGUUGCACUAAUGGGGCCAUAUAUAAAUUAAUGAAAUAAUUGAGAAACAAAAGGAACAUCUAGAGGGACCUCUUGUUGACAGAAAUAAUCUCAAUACUUGCUAGUCCUAUAUACCUAUAUUCGGGGAUGAAAGUCACCAGAAGUUUUGGUUCGGAAUACUUUUCCUCCUAUAUGAAAGCCAGUUUCUGGGAUCAUCCACAUCCACUGUUACCUCAUUUUCUC